GCAACGGCUCGUCCUCCAACGACACGCGCGCGUUCCGCGCGGCGUGGAAGGCGGCGUGCUCUGCCGGGUCCGCCACGCUGGUCGUGCCCUCAGACGGCGUCUUCACCAUCACCUCCACCGUCUUCGCCGGCCCCUGCAAGCCCGGGCUCACCUUCCAGAUUGAUGGCGUGCUGAUGCCGCCAGACGGGCCGGCGAGCUGGCCGGAGGCGGACAGCCGGCGGCAAUGGGUAACGUUCUACAAGGCCGACGGCAUGACGCUCAACGGCAGAGGCACCAUCGAGGGCAACGGGGAGGAGUGGUGGAACCUCCCGUGCAAACCUCACAGGGGCCCCAAUGGAUCGACGUUACGCGUACCAUGUGACAGCCCUGCACUGGUACGGUUCUUCGCGAGCAACAACGUGACGGUGCAGGGCCUGAGGAUCGAGAACAGCCCGCAGUUCCACCUCAAGUUUGACGGCUGCGAGCAGGUGCGCAUCGACGGCCUUUUCAUCAGCUCGCCGGCCUUGAGCCCAAACACCGACGGCGUCCACGUCGAGAACACCAGCUCCGUCCAGAUAUACAACUCCAGGAUCAACAACGGCGACGACUGCAUCUCCAUUGGAGCCGGCUGCUCCGGCGUCCACAUUGAGAACGUGACGUGCGGCCACGGCCAUGGCAUCAGCAUCGGGAGCCUGGGCGUGCGCAACACGCGGGCCUGCGUGUCCAACGUGACGGUCCGGAACGCGCGGAUCCUCGACUCCGACAACGGCGUCCGGAUCAAGACGUGGCAGGGCGGCGCCGGCUCCGUGUCGGCGGUGGAGUUCGUGGGCGUCCGGAUGGAGAACGUCAGGAACUGCAUCGUCAUCGACCAGUACUACUGCACCGGCGGCGGGUGCGCCAACCAGACCUCGGCCGUGCGCGUCGCGGGCGUCACGUACAGGGACAUCCGCGGCACGUACAGACCGUCCGGCUCCGGCCAUGGCGAGGCGGCGCCGCCGAUCCGCUUCGCGUGCAGCGACAGCGUGGCCUGCACCGGCAUCACCAUGGACGACGUCGAGCUGCUGCCGGCCGGAGGGGGAGGGAGCCUGGAGGCGCCGCUGGGCCACCAGCCGCCUUACUGCUGGAACGCGUACGGCGUGAUGGCCACGCUCACCGUGCCGCCGGUGAACUGCUUGCAGGAAGGCAGGCCGGAGUCCCUGCAAGAUCAGCUCGCUAAUUGCUGACCUGCGGAAGGGGACAUCAUCUUCUUACCUUACUACUGCUAACAGAUUAUUCUUCCAUCUCACCGGAACUCAUUCAGGCAGUCAUCUUGCAUUCUUGCCUGCCUAUUCGACGAAACUAGGCAGAUUGCAACAAUGUAAUGAGCAGCAGUCAUCUUGCUUGGUUUAUAGUACGAGGCAGAACGAUCACAUUGGUUGUACAACUUGCAGCUCUGGGGCACGAGUGCAGAAUGUUUUCCUGCUGAUAACUGAAUCGGGAAGAUCACUCUUAAGUUUAUCACCAAGUUGCUGGCGAAUUAAUAGGCCGCAGAAGAUCAUAUUGAAGAUCAUACUGAUUUUCUCCCACCGGUGGAUAGAAUUGAGAGAAGAAUGUCUAGUACAACAACACUACUCUCCUAUGGGGGGAAACUGACAAUUAUCAAUUCUGUUCUCUCUUCAAUGGCUACCUACACCAUGUGCUCACUUCAUUUGCCGGUUAAGAUUGUGGAUCACAUUGACAAGAUAAGAAGGAGGUGUUUAUGGAGUAAGAAAUCUGCAAAUGGUGAAUCUAACAAUGCUCUAGCUGCAUGGGAUAAGGUUUCUAGACAUAAAAGCAUGGUGGUCUUGGUGUUUUAAAUCUUAAGAGUUCAAAACCAGGGUCUGCUUCUAAAACAUCUCUUCAAGUUCUUUAACAAGGAGAAUAUCCACUGGGUUAACCUUCUUUGGGAAACUUAUUACCAUGAUGAUGUACCCCAUGCCCUAGCCCCUGUGGGGUCUUUUUGGUGGAAAGCCAUCCCUAUUUUUAGAGGAAUUACCUCCUGUAAACCAGGCAGGGGUGAUUCUAUUCUUCUCUGGAAGGAUUCUUGGUCUGAUGGGUGUCUCUCUCAAAAAUUUGCUUGUUUAUUUUCCUAUAACAGAGAGGAAGAUAUCUCUAUUGAGAAAUAUUGUGAUCUUGGUUCUAUUGGAACUGCUUUCUUUACUCCAAUCUCUCCUGAAGCUCUAGCAGAGAUGCAUGAAUUAGAUGAUCUGGUUGUGAAAGCUGAUAUUACUCAAUGGAGAGCAGAUAAUUGGGUUCCCAUUUGGGGAUCUUUCUUUUCGGCCAGCAAAUUCUAUAAUUAUUGUUUCAGGAAUAUCAUUCCUCCAACACCUUUUAAGUGGAUUUCCUCCAACACCUUUUAAGUGGAUUUGGAAAUCCAAUCUUUCUCCAAAGAUUAAAAUUUUCAUGUGGCUGCUUCUCAGUUCAACACCAGAAAUAUGCUAUCCCGGCGACAUUACAACAUUGAUUCAAGUUUGGCCUGUAUCCUUUGCAGUACUGAUAGUGAGGAAACUCCGGAGCAUCUUUUCCUGUAUUGCUCAUUUAGUACAAGGUAUUGGCAACACAUCAAUAUCCGCUGGCCUGCACACUCUUCCUGUGUUGAAGCACUCCCUAGAAUUAGACAGCGAUUCAAUAAUCUUCUAUUCUUUGAAGUGUUUUCUCUUGCGGCCUGGAAUAUCUGGAAGACUAGAAAUAAGCUGACAUUUGAGGGAGAAAGAGCCAGUUUUCAGAAUUGUCUGGCAAAAUUUACAUCGGAUUUGACUCUUGUUGGCUUUAGGGUGCCUCAUUCCCUUAAACCCUCCUUUGAUUCUU